GCUACGUGAGAAAAGAACCUAAGGUGUACUAUCGGGCCAGGCUCACGAGUCUCAAGCCGGGUCACCGGGUGAUCGGGUGCGCUUGAACCCGGCCGCCGUCAGGGAAGAUCAGGGGCUUAGGGGCCACUGAAAGGACCGGCUGAAAGGACCGGCUGAAAGGUUUGUUUGUUAACGGGUGGGGAGUAAAACAUACCCGGGUAGUAACGUAGAUGACAUUACCGUGCAGUGGCGAGAUCUCGAUGCACCAUCGUCGUACAAUCAGAUUUAUAACACCCAUCGACACGACAGCCAAUGUCAUGAGCCGCCACGCCCACUUCACACCCUCUACUUAUACCUCUGAUUCAAGCCACAACGGCAACGCGAACCAUCACUGCGACUCCUACAAUCGCCCUGCUUAUCACACCAACCCCACCCCCGUGUUCUACGACAACCCUGAAGGCGGAUUUCUCAAGCGAGACUCUCAUCGCCCCCCUCACUAUCCGAGCGUGCGCGAUCCUCACUCCACGCAGGUAUACUACGACAAUCCCGAGGGUGGAUUCAUCACCGCCGAUUCCACUCUUCCGCCUCCAAACAACGCCCACAUGUACACCACACACUACAUCCCUCUUCUCGGCCACGCACAUCCCCGACCGCACCCUUACACCCCUUCCCAGCCUCUACAAGAUCUCGGCUUCGGCCCAACGCCGCUCUUUGGGUGGGGGUCCGUGACGCCGCUGACGGGGGGUCAUACGUAUGGGCAGCCAAAGUAUCUGAGGUAUCAGAAGCCGGAUCAUAGGCGGUUUUGUUAUAGUGUGGGGAAGGCGGAUGUGCCGUAUGCCUCCUUGCCUGGAGGGCCACUAUGGGGAUAUCCGGCGCAUAUGGCGGAGCAAUUGGUUAGGAGAUGA